GACUCUUCGCGAAGAAAUUAAUAGUUAUUGUUUUAUAUAUGAUAACAUUGCCUUUACACAAACACAAAUUAAAACGGAGAAAACCAAUACCCACACCACACCACAAAAUAACAACAGCAACAACAACACCACCCACUAGAACAAACCAAGACUUGCCUCCAAUUUUCCAUCUCCCAAAAUGAAAUGAAAGCCAAAGGAUUAAACCAAUAGAGAAACACCAACACCAAAACCAAAACCAACGCCAAAACCCACCCCUCAUCCCCCUCCCCACCAGCUGUGGAGAGCUCUCGUUAAUGGCUGACAACAUGAGCCCCAACUCCACCUCCACCUCCACCACCACGAACAACAAGAAGGAAACCCCAGUUCAGCUUCUGGGCCGCUUCGAGAUCGGUAAGUUAUUGGGCCAUGGAACCUUCGCUAAGGUCUACCAUGCCCGCAGCAUCAAGACCGGCGAGAACGUCGCCAUCAAAGUUAUCGACAAGGAGAAGAUCCUCAAGAGCGGUUUAAUCGCCCACAUCAAGCGUGAGAUCUCAAUCCUCCGCCGUGUUCGCCACCCAAACAUCGUCCAGCUCUUCGAGGUCAUGGCUACCAAGGCCAAGAUCUAUUUCGUCAUGGAGUUUGUCCGCGGCGGAGAACUUUUCAAUAAGGUUGCCAAAGGUCGCCUUAAAGAAGAAGUGGCCAGGAAAUAUUUCCAGCAGCUAAUUUCGGCCGUCGGAUUUUGCCACGCCCGUGGGGUUUUUCACCGUGACCUUAAGCCUGAGAACCUUUUGCUCGACGAGAAUGGCAAUCUCAAAGUCUCCGAUUUCGGGUUGAGCGCCGUUUCCGAUCAAAUCCGUCAGGACGGUCUUUUCCACACGUUUUGUGGGACUCCGGCGUAUGUGGCGCCGGAAGUUUUGGCGAGGAGGGGUUACGAUGCGGCGAAGGUGGAUAUUUGGUCGUGUGGGGUUAUAUUGUUCGUUCUGAUGGCUGGGUAUUUGCCUUUCCAUGACCAAAAUAUCAUGGCCAUGUACAAGAAGAUUUACAAGGGCGAGUUUCGAUGCCCCAGAUGGUUCUCGCCGGACCUAACUCGGCUCCUCGUUCGUCUCCUUGACACAAAGCCAGAGACCCGGAUGACGAUUCCCGAGAUUAUGGAGAAUAGGUGGUUUAAAAAGGGGUUUAAGCAUAUCAAAUUCUACAUUGAGGAUGAUAAGGUUUGUAAUGUAGAGGAAGAGGCAAAAGAUGACGCAGCAGACUAUAUGUGUUCGUCUUCGGAUCAAUCGAUGUCCGAAUCCGAUAACGAAUUCGAGACCCGAAGAAGAGUAGCCACCACACUUCCCAGACCGGCGAGUUUGAACGCGUUUGAUAUAAUAUCGUUCUCACCUGGGUUUGAUUUAUCUGGGUUGUUCGAGGAAGGUGGGGAAGAAGCUAGGUUCGUUUCGGGUGCGCCUGUAUCGAGGAUUAUAUCGAAAUUGGAGGAGAUUGCUAAAUUGGUAAGCUUCACGGUGAGGAAGAAGGAUUGCAGGGUGAGCUUGGAAGGGUCGAGAGAGGGCGUGAAAGGCCCGUUGACGAUUGCCGCCGAGAUAUUCGAAUUGACGCCGUCGUUGGUGGUGGUGGAGGUGAAGAAGAAAGGUGGAGACAAAGCAGAGUAUGAGCAUUUCCGUGACAAGGAAUUGAAACCCGGGUUGCAAAAUUUGAUGGACGAGGAAUCUUCUGCCGCUGUUGCGGCGGCGGCGGCAGCUGUUGGCUCUUCACAUCUACCUUCGGAUACUGAAUAGAGAGACUGGGGGAGGAAAAGGGGGAGAGAAUGAGGGAAAAGGGUAUGCUUUUCUCUAUCUCUCUUUGUUUUUUUCUUUGUUAUCUCAUGUAUUAUAUUUUUUUCCCCCCUUCUUCGUUUGGCUGUUCUGUCGAAAGACUUCCGACAGAGCGUUACAUGUGUAUAUUGUAUUUUCUAUUCUUCUAUCCAACAAAACUACAAUAGGAUAUAGAGAAUGGAAUACACAUUUUGCUUGUCUUGGCA